GCAGCUACUGAAUUCAAAGCUAAAUACUAAAUAAGAGCUUCCUGACUCUCCUCAAUCUGAAUGAUGCCUAUAAGGAAUAAUGGAACAGCUUACCCUUGGCUAUUUUGGCCACUUAAGAUCUGGUUGCCUGAGGUAGAGAUCAAUGGGCUUAAGUGGGCCCAAGAUUAUUACAUUCUUUAAAUAAAUUAUCAGCUCAUUAAAAUUGUUGAGGCCCACAAAGGAUCACCCCAGAGAUCAUUGCCAGCACUGCUUUCCUUUUCCUACAUUUGUUUUGUUUUUUUAAUCCGGUUUUCCACGAGGCCGGAGAGCGGGUCUCGCAAGAUGCAACCAAUUUGCCUGCCAGCCGCCUCAACCAGAGAACAUUUAGUCUGGCACAAGGAGGAUCAAGCUUAUCCGCUAGCAAACAAGCGCACUUCGAGAUGCUGGUGGGAUCGGAGAGCGACACAGCAUUGUAGAAGACCAAUGUCGUAUUGGGCGGGGAUAAUUGCGGGGGGACUGGACGGGACGAAUCGCUCAAAGUGGAAUACAAAGCAGCUUUACUGGGGGCGGGGAAAAACAGGACUCCGUAACUAAUAAGCCGUGCGCGGUCCUAGCCUUACCAAACCUCUACAAAAGAGCCGGCGCUAUCUGUUUCCGCAAGGCACGCCUACGUAGUCGGUUCCCGUCCCCUUGACUCCCCAAAAGACGCCAGCAUUAGAGGGCGAUCUCUGGAUCUGGCUUUUCGACGCCUUGCUAUGAAGCCGCUUGGAAGUCCGCAUGAGGCCGGCAGGUGAGAAUGUCUGCUGACGUUGGGUCCAAAUGAUAUUUUCAGGUGUUCUAUUGAUCUUGGUGCUAACAGAAGAAUUAAUAUUUGCUGUUCAGGUACUGACUCCCAAACUUGUGUCAUCUCAGAGCCUUCUGAUGGACAAUAUUAGUAUUUUAGCUAUGGAGACAAAGCCAGGACUUGGAGGCCAUCACACAACCAAAACUUUGCCCACAACAACUCUUGCAAAUGCUGAUUCCAGUAGUAUAGCAGAGACUUCUGUUCCUUCUGUUGGCCAGAAGGAAUUAAACAGCAGCCAUUUUGUUGGUAACACAGAAUCUUAUCAUUUAUACAACCAGAAUAUUUUGUUGUCCAGGAAGUCACUUAACAAACGAAAAAUGUUUCUGGGUGUCCAAGGCAAUUUCACAGCAUUUACAGAACCUUAUCUAAAAAGAGAAUUGUAUUCUUCUGCUACCACAGAAAAUUGGCCCCCAGAAUAUCCAUUUCAGACCCAGCCUACAGUUCACCCCAGUCAUCAAAAUACUUUACAGGGAACCACAACAGACUCAAUUGAUUCUAAUCAUACCUUGGAAGGCCUUAAUGAAACAGAGAAGGGGAGGUCAUCAGAACUGAUUAUGCAAGAGAUUGAUCUCAUUACCCCAACAAUUGGUCCAUCAACUGUUCCUGAAAUGGUGACAGUGCCUUUUAAAGCCACACAUGGCAUACAGGAAAUACUGUACAGCAAAAACAAUUCAUGGAUAAAUUCAAGCCGGAAUACAGAUCAGGUAGCCUUUUUUUCUAGUCCUGGGACAACAGCAACAGAAGUAGACUUUGGACAAUCUAGUCAAAAUGACGUUGAUGCCAGUCUUUCCUCCUUACAUGCAACAGGGAGCUCUAUUGAGGAACCAGCUACCAUACUGCAUCCCUCUGGACAUAAUGCUAGCUUGCCAAGCAGUACACAGUCUAUGGAAUCCUCGACAUGGCUUCCAAGUUCCACUUCAACAGCUACAGAGAAUUUCCUAAACAGACUGGUACCUGCUGGUACCAGAAAGCCUGAUGUCUCAGGAAAUGUUUCUCAUGUCACAGAAAGGGACAAGCCCCAAUACAGAGCAACUAUUUGUCUCAGCAAAGUGGAUAUAGCAUGGAUUAUCUUGGCCAUCAGUGUACCCGUAUCCUCAUGCUCUGUGCUAUUAACUGUGUGCUGUAUGCGACGAAAAAAGAAGACAUCAAAUCCAGAAAAUAACCUGAGUUAUUGGAACAAUGCGAUCACCAUGGAUUACUUCAACAGGCAUGCGGUAGAAUUGCCAAGAGAAAUACAAUCCUUUGAAACAUCUGAGGACCACCUUUCUGAGCCCCGCUCUCCAGCUAAUGGGGAUUACAGGGACACCGGCAUGGUUCUCGUAAAUCCUUUCUGUCAAGAGACGCUUUUUGUAGGACAUGAACAAGUGUCUGAAAUAUGAACCUUGUUCCAGUUCUUCGUUUUAUCUUUACAAUCUCCAAAUUAUGAAUAUAAAUAUAUAUGUAUAUUAUAAAUAAAAUCUUUGUGUAGCCAUGAAAUAUAAGAAACAUUUUCAGAUCCCCUCCUCUUUUUUUAUGUGUGAUUAAAAAAGUUUACAGACGAAACUUCAGCUUUAUAAAAUAAAUGCUAUUUCUAAGCAAAAAAAAACCCCAAUCCUCUGUAUUAUUCAGAUUGGGUUCCUCCCCACCCUCUACAUUUAAAUUUCUGGAUUUAGGCAAGAUAUCAUUCUAGGCACAUCUAGGCAAGAUAUCAUUCUAGGCACAUCUAUGCUUGAGUCAAGUCCAUUAUUCCAGCUGUGUAUCUAAUGACUGGAAUUGCACAGGUGUUGAUUGUUUUGAUGGUAUUUCCUUGACUGAGUUUGAAAUUUUAGAUCCUCCUCACUCUUUUGACGUAUUAAUACUGCUCUCUACAAGUGUGGUUAGUGAAAAUACCUAUUUGUAUUGAAUUUGGCCAGCACAGAUAAAAAAAAAGGUUUUUCAGUAAAUAAGAUACAAAAACUUUGAGGUGACAAAAAUGCAGAUAGAAUUCAUAUAAUUAUCACAAACUAAAUUAUAAAGAAAUUUUGUUUCUGCGGUGAACAAGAAUAACAAAUAUUUAGAAUGUAUGUGUGGGUAGACUUGCACAUUACACAUUUACUGUACAGAUAUGUAGAA